AUGAAUGAAAAAAUCGAUCAUCAUUUAGAGAUGCAGGAGACAAAUUAUAUGCUGCUUUAGUAAUUUGAAAAAGCGACUGAAUUGCAAGAACAGGAAACCCAAAAUAGAUAUUAUGAUCAUUCAGAUCUAUCUUCGCCAACAAGGUAGUCAAAGAAAAAAGAAAGAAUAGUGGAAUAAUUAUUAGCAAAUAGGGCAAGAUUUAAUGAUAGAACAGCAUUAUUUAAUUUAGUCAAUACUUUACAAUUGGUAAAUGAUUCGACUAAGUUUUAGGCUAUAACUCUAUACAAUUUAAGCUCAAUUAUUAAUAUAGAAGGAUAAUCAAAUUUAAAAUUUUAUGACACUACUUAAAUCUAUAGCUUUUACGUUUGGAAUUAGCAAGGAUCAUUACACGUUUAUUACUUAAUUAUCAUUUAUAAUAAUGGUUCAUAUUUUAAAAUUAUUAACGUGUUUGGUGGGUUAUUUUUGUGUUGUAUAAAAAAGUGA